AUGUUUAAUAUACCCCCUCCCAUCCUCAGUGGUACAGAAAAUUGUGUAUUGACUUCUCUUCUUAUAGAUCUUGAAGUGCCCAAAUAUCUUCAGCAAGAGAUUAGCCCUGAUGAGAUCCAGAAGUGUGUCUACAGACUCGCAGAAAGGCAUGUUAGGAGGUUGGCUACGGCUGUUAAGAUAAAGGAUGCAAAUCAAAUCUCCACCAUUAUCGAUGAAAAUAAGGAUGCGCUGUUGGUCGUUAAACAGAUGAUUAAUGAUUGGUUGAUUGGACAACAAUGCGGCAACUAUGAGAAGAGAUGCAAACUAGAUGAUGCCAUCAUUGAGAUUGGUCGCCAUGAUUUGACAGAUUCAUUUGGGACAACGAGCUGCAGAGCCCAAUCAGGAGAUGAUCAUAAGAGAGAACAUUCUCAUGCAAAUUAUUUUGAUUGCAACAGUAUCUUUGAUGACGAUAUUGAAUCUUUACUGAGGUAUCUUCCAACAGGUGCGAUACCAAUGUUUCUCGAGAAGCUGGGGAUUUUACAAGGAGACGACGAUGUCGGAGAAAAACUGCGAUGCUGGAGAGAUCAAAGGAUGGGGAAACCCAAACGAUGUUCCCUACAAGAAAUAACUGCAAUCCUUAUAGAUACCCUGCUGGAGACAAAUACCAAUUACGUAUUGUCCUUGAACGAUGAUGAUCUGGAAAACAUAGUUGCAAGCAUGACCUCUCCAAAGCAGAUGGAAGUACUCGCCUCAAAGCUGAAGAUAAAAUCAGAGGGGCCACCACUACAAACCCUCAAAAACUGGAUGGAUGGGUCUAAGAAGUACAAUCGUCGUGACAUUUUGUGGAAAGUGCUCACUUCGAGUGAAUUAUCAGGAUGCAUCGUUCAACAACUUCCUUCAGAAUACGUUUACCAACCUGAGAUGUUACAAUUAGCUUGGAGCAUGUUUUUAACUGACGUUCUGCCACUAGCGAACUUACUCAACAUGAAUAUCAACAGACGGGAUUCCCAGUUGAAAGGAACUGCUAAAUUGUUUCUGCAACUGUUAAAGAAAUCGCAUAAUUUUGACUCAGUUCGUCGUCGUGACUUCUCUAUUGCCAUUAGAAACCUAGGCUGUCUGGAUAUUGCACGAUCUGCAUAUUUUGGUUAUGACACAAGCCUUAGUGAACUGUGCAACAUAGUAUCAGGGCUGUUGGAAGACGAAAUUGUGAAGUUGAUGGACAAUCUGGAAUUAGAUAGAGAUGCUCUCUCAGUCUGUAAAGGAUCAACAGGAGAAUACGACAUCGUCAGACUCAUGGAGAUCUGGAAAAGACAACAUAGUUCAGAACCAUUCCACUACAGAUUAAAAAUAGCAUUUGGUCUGCGUGCUGCUGGAAAAACCGAGAUUGCCAGAAAGAUUAUUGCAGGUUGCUAUGACAUGGUGGCAGUUAAUCCCGAUGUGGUGAAAAGCAUAUGCAACGGAAUGGGCCAUGAUCAACUGGAAAGACUUGCGGAACACCUUGGAUUAAACGCCAAAGGAGAUAACCCUGUCGAAACUUCAGCUCUUGUUAUCCAGUGGGCAACAGAAUGGUUCAGCAAGUCUGACAAUUCAUCAUUUUUCGAAUCCCUCAAGGACAAGUGUUUAAACGAGGUGAAAUCUCGUAAAAGAUACAUUGACAAUCUCCACAAGGCAGGAUUUGUCAGAUUUGCUGAAGAACUAAUGCUCCUUGAGGUCUCUAGAUUGCGUCCCAUCAAGCAAGUUGUAGACGAACCUUGUGAAAGUGAAAAUCAAGAAGCAUCUGAACAAAAUGAAUCUAAGAACAAUCCACCAAUCGAGGAAUGUAACGAGGCAACUGUUUUUCCCCCAAGUACGAAUGGUCAAGACCCACCAAGCAACAAUGAGAAUGAAGAUACGCAACUAAACACUUAAACCAAAUUCAUAAUAUUUAUUCUUUAUCCCAGUUUAACAUCGAUGAAUAUACAAGGAUAUCAAAAGACUCGUGCAGUCUUAUUGAUCAUAUGUUGACUAAUUGUUUUGAUAUGGUUGCAUCUCAUGGUAUUAUACACUCUGGUAUUUCUGACCAUUCUAUUUUUUUUCUGGUUUGGAAGCACUAUAUUAAUAUUUAUGCACCUCUCACCAUAACGUAUAGAAAAAUGAAAAACUUUGAUCCUAACGCAUAUAUUGAGAAAUUAAAAUUACAACCCUGGCAACUUGUCUCUGAUAAAGAUGAUAUUGGCGAAGUUGUGGAGGUAUGGGAGAAUCCCGUUUUUUAAGUUAUUAACAAACAUAUGCCAAUCCGUAAAAGACGUGUUAAAACAAUUCCUUCCCUGGAUGUGUCCUGAUAUUGUAAAGUUGAUAAAUGAGAGAGACAGAUGUAAAGCAAAAGCUAUGAAACUUAAAUAUAAUUUGUUAAAGGAAACGGUGGAAUCUCAAAGAAAAUUUUUGGAGAGGAAGUACGGUGAACUGUGGACCCGAUAUAAUCGCGGAACUUGGUCACGAGUAAGAUUAGGAAACGUAAACGAUCCUUCUUUUUGAAUAAAAUAUCGUCGACAAAUACACAAAAUGAUGUGUGGAUUAUUCUUAAAUCAGUGAUGCCUAAACACGUAUCGAAAUCCACUGAUACAACCAGAAAGAUAAACCCAGAGCUAAUAUAUUCAAUAGCUAUUUUGCAAACAUUGGUGCUGACCUAGCUGCUAAUAUACCUCCAACAGUUCCCCAUAAUUCCUCUCAUUGUGAUUCUACCGAUUUUUUUUUUUCGCUUCAUACUGUAACUGAAGACGAGGUAUUUGAUAUCAUAUGUGGCUUGAAAAACAAGAAAUCUGUUGGAAUCGAUGGUAUCUCAAUGAUUAUGCUCAAAUUAUCUGCCCCCAUCAUUGUCCGUUCUCUUUCUUACCUUAUAAACAACUCAUUGUCAGAUGGUGUCGUACCAAUAAGAUGGAAACAGGCUAAAUUAAUUCCCUUACAUAAAUCGGGUGACAAAUCAUCCCCUUCAAAUUAUCGUCCAAUCGCUAUACUCUCUCCUGUUUCCAAAAUUAUGGAGAAAGUAGUUCAAAAACAGUUAACCAAGUAUCUAAGAACUAAUAAUAUACUUUCAAUGGAACAGUCUGGUGUUAGGACAAAAAACAUUCGACCAUAAUGUCUCUUAUUCGAGUUACGGAUGAUUGGCUACGCGCCACUGACUCUGGUUUAUAUACUGGAGCCGUUUUUAUCGAUAUGAAAAAGGCUUUCGAUACGGUCGAACAUCAUACUUUGUUGAAGAAACUUAAAUCAAUUGGAAUAUCUAAUGAUAGUCUCAUAUGGUUCGAAAGUUAUCUGAGUAAUCGUCAAAUCAGUACAUUCAUUAACUCUACGUUAUCUGAUCCUUUGCUUGUGAGUUAUGGAGUACCACAAGGCUCAAUAUUGGGCCCUAUUUUAUUUACUAUAUAUAUAGAUGACAUAGUUAAACAAGUUAAGCACUGUCAAAUUCAUCUAUACGCUGAUGAUUCUGUUUUGUAUUUUUCUGAUAAUGACGUAAAUCUCAUUGAAAGCAAUUUAAAUGCUGACCUAAAACGUAUAUACGAAUGGAUGUGUUUAAGUAAAUUAAGUCUUAAUAUCGACAAAACUGAAAGUAUGUUAUUUGGGUCAAGUCAUAUGUUGUCUGUGCACAAGUCUCUUAAUGUCAGAAUUUCAGGAAAAUAUAGUCAGUCUAAAGAAUUUGUGAAAUAUUUUGGGGUCUUUAUUGAUCCAGAGUUAAAAUGGAAUUGCCACAUUGAUAAACUUUGUGCUAAAAUAAGUAAAUUUCCUUGUUCGGCUUCGUUCAUUUUUAAAUGAGGAUAGUCUGAAAUUAAUUUACCGUUCAGUAAUUUUGCCAUAUGUAGUCUUUGAUUCAUCGAAUCUGAAAUGUACCCAACAAUUGCACAAAAUACAAAAUAGAGCUUGCAGAAUAAUACUCAAAAUUAAUCCCUAUAAAUAUAUAUCAAACCAUACUGUUCAUCAACUCUUAAACUGGGAGUCAUUAAAAUCAAGGCGUAUAAAGC